CCCUCUUGCUCGUGGUGGGUUCGCAGACAUUUGGAAAUGCACCUACUACGUUGAUCGCGUACCAGUCCCAGGUCGCGGUGAAAGUAUUGCAGGUAUGCGCUAAUGAUAAAUUUGGGCCGGCAAGGACGAAAAAGACCAAGGUGAGUUUCUUGACGAAGGACUUCAUCUAUUACUUAUGGACUGCCAGCUCGUAGAGGAUAAUGCAUGAACUCAGAAUAUCUGCGAACAUCAACCAUGCGAACAUCGUACCCAUUUAUGGUUACACGUAUGGCUUCGGCCCAUUUCCAGCGAUAGUUAGUCGUUGGGCAGAAAGGGGCAACCUGUCGGAUUAUUUGAAACGUGAGGAUGCGGCUCUUACUCUCCUUAGAAAAUUCCAGAUCCUGAGGGAUAUUAUAACUGGCCUGCAAUAUCUUCAUGCUAACAAUGUCAUCCAUGGUGACUUCACCGAGCCUAACGUGCUGAUAUAUGCUGAUGGCACCGCGUGUGUUGCCGACUUUGGUCUUUCCUUGAUGUAUUCGGAUGUCAUAAGCAUCUCUCAGGCUCCCUGGACUUCCACCCUCAGUGGCAAUGUACGAUGGAUGGCUUUUGAGCUGCUUGGAGAGCGAGAGGACGGAACUCCAGUGAGGCCAAGCAAGCAGAGCGACGUCUUUUCGUUCGGCGGUAUCAUGUUGCAGGUACGCCCGGAAUACUCUGCCUCUAGGUCCUCACCAACAAAAUCCUUUAUCAUCACAUCCGGCAUGACUACAUGGUCGUCCU